AUGGUUGCUAUCAAGGCUCUCUCCGUCCUGGCCCUCGCCGGCGCCACCAUUGCCGCCCCUGUCGCGCAGCCUCUCGAGGUUGGCGACGCUCUCGUCCGCCGCGACGCUUCUCCCGCAUGGGAGGGCGGCCGUGCCAACUACAGCUGGAAAUGGGGCUGGGCUCGUCCUCAAGGCCAGUCUUCUGAUGCCAGCUCGACUCCAACCGAGACCCAGAGCCAGCCCCAGAGCCAGCCUCAAUCUCAACCUCAGACCACUGAAGCCGCCGCACCUGCUUCUCCCCCCGCUUCCAGCAGUCCCGCUCCUUCCACUGGCGGCAGCUCCGACUCUGGCUCGAGCUCCGGCUCCGGCUACAUGGGCAUCGUGAACAACUGGCGCGGCAAGAUGGGCCUGCCCCUCUUCACCGAAGACAACACGCUGCAGUCCAACGCCCUCGACACCUCCACCUCAUCUGGCGGCCAGCUCGUGCACAAGCUCAACCCCGGCUCCAUGGGUCAAGUCAUGGCCCCCGGCAACUCCGGCAACUUCGAGUCCGUCUUCGUCGGCGGCUGGCUGUGCGAGCUGCCUUCGCUCCCCGGCCUCGGCAGCAGUGUUUGCGACGCCGCCUCCCAAGGCUGGAACCACGCCGGUCAGACCGGCCACGCCGAGAUCCUGUCCAGCACCAAGUACACCAAGAUUGGCUGCGGCAACGCCGACAACAUGUGGACUUGCGACGUCGCUUAA